AUGAACGUAACAAACUCAACAAAUCUACCCCUCAUCAACUACGCGGAAGCUGCAUUGAUAGUCUCAACAUCAUUAGCUCGCAAAGGCUGCACGGCUUUCGAAUCGGAAGAAAUGAGGCGUCAUCAUAAGAAAGAAGUAAACCUUUUUGUGCAGGCAUUUAUGACAUCAGUUGUGCACUCUCUCAUAUUACUAUCUUUCAAUUUGACUUCAAUUUACGUGUCUGAAGGAAUCUUUUUAUUCCUUGGCACAACGUUUGUGUGGGAAUUAUCGUACGCUUUUGCAGGGUGUGUGCUCAUUUGGUUCAAUCCAGAAAUACAACGGCAUCUCGGUUUGAGAGCAUCCAUUCGCCUUCUUUUCAACAAUACAACCAGUAGGAUGUUCCAAAUGACGUCGUCGAGAAACUGA